CUCGGCACAGCACAUCGCAACGCUCUUUUGUGCUCUCGUGCUCUCUAGGGUAAUACCAACGCUGGAGAGUGGGCGGCCAUCUCUGUGGGAUCUACUCUUUGAACAAACGACCCAGGGGAUAGUUGAUUUCUGCUGAAAGCCCAAAAUGAGUUCUUUUCUGAAGCCUGAAAACGCUCUAAAAAGAGCUGAAGAAUUGAUCAAUGUUGGACAGAAGCAAGAUGCUUUGCAAACUCUUCAUGGCCUUAUCACUUCAAAAAGAUAUAGAGCAUGGCAGAAGACGCUUGAAAGGAUAAUGUUUAAAUAUGUAGAACUGUGCGUAGACAUGCGGAAAGGGCGAUUUGCAAAGGAUGGGCUCAUUCAGUAUCGUAUUAUAUGUCAACAAGUUAAUGUUAGUUCACUGGAGGAGGUGAUCAAACAUUUCAUGCAUCUGUCAACUGAGAAAGCUGAACAAGCUCGCAGCCAGGCACAGGCGUUAGAAGAGGCUCUUGAUGUUGAUGAUUUAGAGGCGGAUAAAAGGCCCGAGGACUUGAUGCUUAGCUAUGUGAGUGGGGAGAAAGGAAAAGAAAGAUCUGACCGGGAAGUUGUUACUCCAUGGUUUAAAUUUCUUUGGGAAACAUACAGGACAGUGCUUGAAAUAUUACGGAACAAUUCAAAACUGGAAGCUCUGUAUGCUAUGACAGCGCAUCGCGCUUUUCAAUUUUGUAAGCAAUAUAAGCGAACAACAGAGUUCCGCAGACUUUGUGAAAUUAUUAGAAACCAUCUAGCCAAUCUUAAUAAAUAUCGAGACCAACGGGACCGACCUGAUCUUUCAGCACCUGAAAGCUUGCAACUAUAUCUAGAUACCAGAUUUGAGCAACUGAAAGUGGCCACUGAACUUGAACUCUGGCAGGAAGCUUUUAGAUCUAUUGAAGAUAUACAUGGACUAAUGUGCAUUGUCAAGAAAACACCCAAGGCAUCGUUGAUGGUUCUUUACUAUGCUAAGCUUACAGAAAUAUUUUGGAUAUCAUCAAGCCAUCUUUAUCAUGCAUAUGCAUGGUUCAGGCUCUUUUUGCUUCAGAAGAGCUUCAAUAAGAAUCUGAGCCAGAAGGAUCUGCAAUUGAUAGCUUCAUCUGUUGUUCUGGCUGCACUUUCAGUGCCUCCCCAUGAUCACACUCAGGGUGCUUCUCAUUUGGAAUUGGAGCAUGAAAAGGAGAGGAAUUUGAGGAUGGCUAAUCUUAUUGGUUUUAGCCUUGAAAGUAAACCAGAGAGCAGAGAAGUGCUUUCAAGGUCAGCUCUUCUUGCUGAACUGGUGUCCAAGGGUGUAAUGUCUUGUGUAACUCAGGAAGUGAAGGACAUUUAUCAUCUCCUGGAACAUGAAUUUUUUCCCCUAGAUCUUCCAUCAAAAGUUCAGCCUCUCGUAACAAAAAUAUCAAAGCUAGGGGGUAAGCUUUCCACUGCUUCUGUCCCGGAGGUACAACUGUCUCAGUAUGUCCCAGCACUGGAGAAACUAGCUACUUUGAGGUUGCUACAGCAGGUGUCCAAUGUUUACCAGACAAUGAAGAUUGAGACCUUAUCCGGAAUGAUCCCGUUUUUUGAUUUUUCUGUUGUGGAAAAGAUUUCUGUGGAUGCUGCGAAGCAUCAAUUUGUAUCCAUGAAAGUUGACCACAUGAGGAAUGUUGUGGUUUUCUGCAAGACGAGUCUUGAGUCUGAUGGCUUAAGGGAUCAUUUGGCUAAUUUUGCUGAGCAUCUGAAUAAGGCAAGACAAAUGAUUUAUCCUCCUGAUAGAAAACCAUCAAAAAUUGCAGCUUUGCUUCCCACUUUGAACGAGGUUGUGGCCAAGGAACACAAGAGGCUUCUUGCACGGAAAUCAAUUAUUGAGAAGCGAAAAGAAGAACAAGAACGUCAGCUUCUUGAAAUGGAAAGAGAGGAGGAAUCAAAGAGAUUAAGACUGCAGAAAAUAACUGAAGAAGCAGAACAAAGAAGACUUGCCAAUGAGUAUGAGCAGCGGAAGAAUCAGAGAAUCCUCAGAGAAAUAGAAGAAAGAGAAAUGGAAGAAGCUCAAGCAUUGCUUCAGGAAGCUGAGAAGCGCAUUAAAAAGAAGGGAAAGAAGCCAAUCAUAGAGGGUGAGAAACUGACCAAGCAAACACUGAUGGAGAUGACUUUGACUGAACAACUCCGGGAAAGACAAGAAAUGGAAAAGAAACUACAAAAAUUAGCUAAGACAAUGGACUAUUUGGAAAGAGCCAAAAGAGAGGAGGCUGCUCCCUUGAUUGAAGCUGCGUAUCAAAAGCGUCUAGUUGAAGAGAAGCUUCUUCAUGAGCGUGAGCAACAGCUUGAGAUAGAAGUUAGCAAACAGCGCCAUGAAGGAGAUCUCAAGGAGAAGGAAAGGCUGGCACGUAUGGUUGGCAAUAAAGAUAUUUAUCAAGAGAGAGUUGUCAGUCGUCGUCAGGCAGAAUUUAAUAGAUUGAGGCGGGAAAGAGAGGAGCGAAUCUCAAGGAUUUUACAGUCCAGGAGACAAGAGAGGGAAAAGAUGAGGAAGUUGAAGUAUUAUCUGAGGCAAGAAGAAGAGAUACAGCAAAAAUUGCGUGAAGAGGAGGAGGUUCGGAAGCGCGAAGAGGCUGAGAGGCGGAAGAAGGAAGAGGCUGAGCGCUUGGCCAAAUUGGCUGAGAUAGCAGAAAAGCAGAGGCAAAGAGAGCGGGAACUGGAAGAGAAGGCAGAGAGGCAAAAGAAAGAAGCGUUAUUUGGAAGAAGUGGUGAAGCGGCUGUGAAGCCUCUUGAACCCUCAGCCUGCCCAUCGGAGGCUGGAUCUACUGCUCCUGCAGCUGCUGCAGCUGCUGCUGCGCCGACCCCUGGGAAAUAUGUUCCUAAGUUCCGCCGUGAGAGAACCGACGUUACAAGCCAUACUGCUCCUCCUCCAGAAACAGAUCGAUGGACAAACUCUGGCAGGCAGGAUGGUGACAGAUGGCGUAGUGACGAUCGAAGACCUGCUUUUGGUGCUGGUGGGGGUUCGAGGUCGUCAUCAACAUGGUCCUCGUCCAGGCGUUGAUCUGAUCAUUGAUCAAUUUGGCUGUUGAUUUUGUGGGAGACGAGGGAGGAGACUGAGGGUGGCCAUUGCUUAAUUUUGCGUUUGUUCCCUGAUGAUUGAACUAUUUAUGAAGUUUUGUCUGUAAACCUGUCGAGUUCUAGGAUUCUUUUUAUUACGGAAGACUUAAAUUUAUCUACAUAAUGCUCAUAGAGCGUGGUUUCAGUUGAGGAACAGGCCUGUAAUUUUGUAAUUUUCUUAUUUUAUGAUCAGGUCGAGUGUAUUGGAUAUGCAAAAGUUGAAAUCGGAAUUCCAAAUGCGUUUGCCUAA